GUUCUUUGGUUUCUCAUCUUCUUGGACAACGAGCAGCAGCGAAAUGGAGAAUAGCUGGGCAGCACUUGCAGCUCUAGGGAUUUUGAUCCAGCUGUCUGUUCAGCAAAAGGUGCUGCGAACAGUAUGGCUGCUCCUCAAUGUCAAUGACACUUUUCGUGCUCUUCGACUUGUCCGAGCCAACGGUCGGAGGAUCGGUGUGAAUACGCGUAGGAAGUCAAUGAGGGGUGCCCUAGUCUGCUGGAUCAUCUACUUGAUCGGUACAACACUCAGCCCGUUAUCUUCGACCUUGCUAGGAUGGAUACCGCUCUAUUCACCUAUCAAAUCUAUUUUAGGCUGCUGCUUUUUGAUUAUGCGACUGUCUUGUUCGGUGGCGAUUUUCAAGUCCCUCGUACCCCUUGUUAAACCUUACGAAACCCCCAUUGACAUCACAGUCCAUCUUUUCGAAUCAUUAUUCAUCCUCGUCUUCCAUUUUGGUGUACAAAUUCCAAUAAUACACGCUGCUGCCUGGAUAAAAUCUGUCGGCGAAGUUAACUUCAAGUUGCCGAUCGAGAUUCUUCAACGGUGGCGGCGGCAGCUUUUAUCAAGCUUUACCACGGUUUCACUACCGAAAGCUAUCCGAAGAUUGUCGAAUUCCAAGGAUACCCCUUCUCAGAUCGUCACUCUUCCAACACCACCUCGUUCUGCACCAUCUUCUCCUACAGCAACACAAACCUCACCAGCCCACCCAUCUACUCGUUCACGCCAACCCAGACAACCCAAACGAAAGCCUCUCCAACCCAUAGUCAUCUCUCCAACUCCUUCGCCGCCUCCACCCCCUGCUCCAGCGCCAGUGCUUGUUUUUGCGCCCAGUACGCCGGUACGCAGAAUGGCAAUGGGAGAGCCUGCUGUAGUCAAGAAGAAUGGAUUUCUCGAUGUGGAAAGAGAAGUCGAGGUUAGGAGGUCUCCAAGGAAAAAUAAGGGCAAGCGGAAAGAUAAUGCAACGGAGGCUCAAAGGGAACCUGAGAAGGAUAUGGAGGUCGAGGACGACAGCCAGAGGGUUAAAAGCAAGAAGAGAGUACGGGAAGAAGAACAACAACUUCAACCGCGGCUGACGAAGUCAAUCGCAAUAUCACAUACGAUGAACCGCCCAGGAAUGAACAAGCGAUCCGUCAAGCGGGCAGAAAUUCAGCCUUCUAAGUCAGGGAUAAAGAAAUCUGUUUCCGGUUUGAAGAGAGGCGCAACGAUGUCAAACGUCAGUGACUUACAUGCGGGAAAAGGCAUGGAAGACGUUGAAAUAACAGUCCGCGAGCCCAAACAUCCACGUUUGCCACCCUCUCGCUCGGUUGUCAGCCUCUCUGAGCGGAAUGUGCCUUUUGAAACCUCACUGCCCAAAUUCAUCGACAAAGCACUUCCUCUUCAACAACCUACAUCCGUACCCAUCGCCGCAACGCGCACACGCGAACCCCAAACCUUGACAUUCUCCACUUCCACUCGUCGCAUGCAGGAAUCCGCUCCGAAUGGAGUAGCCGAGCCCGAAAAACCACUCAUCAGCGCUGCUGGACGAGCCAGAGCGGCGAAGGCGAAAGCCAAGGCACUGACACGGGAAGAAGAAGACAGGAAAGGGGCUGGAGAGAAGCGUAAGGCUGCAGGAGGUGGUCAGAGGGAAGGGGCAGGAAAAAAGGCUAGAGUGAUGUAGGGUCAUCAGAAAUGAUUGUUGGGUAAAGAGGUAGUUUGUAUUGUAUUCUUCCUCAUGUUGUAUUGCAUGACUCACUCACAGGCACUCGUCUGUGGACUUUCCCGAAAUGCAUAGGCUAUCAUGCGCUAGCCGCUACGUCUCAAUUCCACAUUAUAGUCAAGAAUAAAGCAG